AUGUCUUCUUUGUUAGAUUCCGAAAUUUCGCAAAAAGUAUGGAAUGCAAAACUUCCAAUAAAGAUACUAUUUGACAUUCAAGAAAUGGAAGAAUAUGCUAAUGAUGCAAAAUGGAAUCCUAUAUUUUUAGAGGCGUCAAGAUGUUCCUAUCUUCCUUUACUGACGAAUCGAGUGCGAGAAAUACUGUCUGGUCUGGAUAUAAAGAUACCAGAUAGUGAUUAUGAUAAUGUAUGGUAUGAAUAUAAUCAUGAACCGCUACGAUGGCAUUAUCCGAUAGGACUAUUAUACGACUUGUAUGGUCAUUUGAUACCUCUACCUUGGUCCAUUACUAUCCAUUUCAAAAACUUGCCUACUAACAGCAUACUAGCGAGACCGACGACAGAUACAAUACAAAGCAUGUUUAUGUCUAUGAUAAAAGAGGCUGAUUUCUUGCGUAAUGGAAAUACAAAAAAAGUCAUGAACCUGUCCAAGCGCGAUCAUACACAACUAUGGCAGUCGAUUGCAUCAGAUAAUUAUAAUGACUUCUGGAGUGUAAAUAAGCAACUUGUAGAAUAUACACCAAGCAAUAGACAUAUUCCAAUCAGACUGUAUUUGUCUCCUGACUGUCCUGUUAUUCAGGAACUAGUGUCUUUUCAUGAUGAAACAGGCAAGUUUUAUUGCAUGUAUAGGUCCUACUCUUAA